UUUGUAGGACUAGGGGUUUGAUGACCGAUAUUCCAAACUUGAGUCGUUCGACUCGUUCCUCCAAAUUUCAAAUGAACUCGGCCUUCUCAGACGACGAGGACCUUCCCUACCUAUUCUCCGAGCAUCGCCUCAAGCUUGAGCUCAUGGCCGCUGAAGACCUCGACUCCGACCUCGAUCUCGCCUUUCGUAUCCAACUCGAAGAAGCCCUUGCUGCCUCUCUCGCCUUCCAUCCCUCCGCUUCUACUUCGACCUCCUCAGAUUUCUUUGUUGACUCGCAUCUCACCUCCGAAAGCGACGGUUUUUCCAAAAUUUCCGGUCUCCAAUCCGAAGAGCUCGCAAGGUUCGAACAAGAAGUCAAGGAUCUCGAAGCAAGUGGGGCGGAAGUUCUCAGAUUAACUGGGGAACUUCGCCGUCAGAUCCACCAUGAGAGGGUCGCGCGCCAGAUUCUGAGAAUUCAGGAGGAGGAUUGGAGGGACUGGGCCGAUAAUUACGAAAAGCCCCUUGACUACGGGGAGGGGUCCUCGAAAUCAAGGAGCCUGGCGGAGAGCGACGAAAUUUUCGGAUUAUACUUUAAAGGGAUCGUGAUCGAGGAGAGGGUUAGGGGUGAGAAAACUGUAUUGGCAGGAAUAGGCGUGGCUAUCUGCGAUUCGAGAGGGAAUCUGAUAUUGGAAGUGAGGAAGCCAUUGUUGGGAAACGGAAUGAGCAAGAACGCUGCGGCUGCCAAGGCUUUGAUCGAGGGGCUUAAUGCAGCUCUGGGUCUGGAGUUGAAGCGGAUAACCAUUUAUUUCGACUACUACCCGCUUUACCAAUUUAUUAUUGGGAGAUGGCUACCAAAACAGCGCAAGAUUUCAGCACUGGUAGAUGAGGUGACUACUCUUGAAGAGAAAUUUAUAUAUUUCAACCCCAAAUUGGUGGCACGAAAUGAUAUUAGAUAUGCAUUUGAACUUGCAAGAGAUGCAAUAGUGUCUCAAGUUAGCACUCCUGCAGAAUCAAGCCAGGCAAAGAAUCUGACUAAGAAUUGUGUAAUUUGUUUGGAAGAUACUGAUAUUGAUCGGAUGUUUUCAGUCGAUGGCUGUCUGCACCAGUAUUGUUUUUCUUGUAUGAAACAGCAUGUGGAAGUGAAGUUGCUUCAUGGGAUGGUGCCUAAAUGCCCUCACGAAGGCUGUAAAUCUGAGCUUGUAGUUGAAAGCUGCAGAAAGUUCUUGACACCCAAUGCAAUAGACACCUUUAGCCAACGACUAAGGGAAGCUUCAAUUCCUGUGACAGAAAGAGUUUAUUGCCCACAUCCAAGAUGCUCAACUUUAAUGUCAAAAAGUGGUGUUUUAGAAUAUGCCAAAGAUUUUCUGGAUGUUGAACGAACUGGAGCCAGGAAAUGCAUGAAAUGUCAUGGCCUGUUUUGUAUCACUUGCAAGGUCCCUUGGCACAGUAACAUGAAUUGCCAUGAUUACAAAAUGCUGAAUCCUCAUCCCCCUUCAGAAGAUGUGAAGCUGAAGUCUCUUGCAACAAGGAAUCUAUGGCGCCAAUGUGUGAAGUGCAACCAUAUGAUUGAACUUGCUGAAGGUUGCUUCCACAUGACUUGCAGAUGUGGCAAUGAGUUCUGCUAUAAUUGUGGAGCCGAGUGGAAGAACAAACAAGCCACGUGCUCUUGUCCACUUUGGGUUGAGGACCACAUUUGGCUAGAACAGGAUAGACACUUCGAUGAAGAAGAGGAAGAAGAACACGAAGAUGAUGAGUACUAUGACUCUGACUUGGAUUAUUAUUGAACAGACGUUUUCCCUUCUCCUUUGCUCUCUCUCUCUCUCUCUACCCCAGUUUUUUUUUCCCAGUUCCCAUAUUUUCCUAGGUAGGAUGAAAGAAUCAAUGGAAAAAAAAAAAAAAAAAAUGUGGGCUGGAAAAGCAGUCAAGUAAAGUAGAAUGUGAAGGAGACAGGACCAAAAAGCUAAUUUUGAAAGUUCUCUUUAUUAACUCUUACAACAUUCAAA